ACAGCCUGCUUUGCGAAGGCAGCCCGUUUGUGAAAACACAAUUAGCAAACCCUGUAAUCUGCACUAAUUACCGGGCCGGGCCAGGAGGUCUCCCCUCCGGCUGGCGACGGCUCGGGGACCAUGGGGGACGCGGGGCCCGGGGGCCGGCGCCCACCCGGGGCCUCCUUCACCAUCGAGUACCUGCUGUCGGAGCGGGGUGACGGGGGACCCCGCAGCCCCUCUCCCCCCGGCCGGAGCCCCCCGCCAGCCCCCCGGCCCCCGCCGGAGCCCGGGGACAAGCCAUCGCAGUCCUACAUCGCCCUCAUCUCCACCGCCAUCCUCUCCUCCCCGGAGAAGAAGCUGCUGCUCUCCGACAUCUACCAGUGGAUCAUGGACAACUACCCCUACUUCAAGAACAAGGAGAAGAGCUGGCGCAACAGCGUCCGCCACAACCUCUCCCUUAACGAGUGCUUCGUCAAAGCCGGCCGCAGCGACAACGGCAAAGGCCACUUCUGGGCCAUCCACCCCGCCAACCUGGAGGAUUUCGCCAAAGGCGACUACCAUCGCCGGCGGGCCCGGCGGCGCGUCCGCAGGGUGAACGUCGGCUACUACCACCCCUACGCCCUGUACGGCCUCGGCUGCUGCUGCCCCUGCUGCCCCCCGGUGCCCCCCGGUCCCCCCCUCGCCCUGCCCGUGCUGCCCCCCCUCGCCCUGCCCGCGGCCCCCCACCGCUGCCUGCCCGAACGGGCACGUUGGGGCUGGGGACGGGUCCCCGCUCCCCGCGGCCCCGGCCCCCUCCUGCCCCGGCCCCCGUUCCUGUAGCUCCCCCUGCUCGGGGCUGGGGGUGUGCCUAGAUGGGCCUCCCCCCCCCCCCAAAAAAAAAAAAAAAAAGCACGACGUGCUCAAGGACGUUCUGGAUGUCACCUGCCCCACGUCCCCCCCCCACUGCCAAGGCGUCGUGUCCGUGGCCCCCCCCCCCCAUCACCGACGAACCCCCACGUGCCGGGAUGGGGCCAGAACCUGGGGUACACGUCCCCCUGACGGACACCCCCCCCAACACCCCCCCAUGCCCCAAUAGGGGACACCCCCCCCCCCCUCAGGGACCCCCCCCACCUCCCCC